CUCAACUGAUGCUAUUUGCAGCUAACCAAGUUGAACCGCAGGGACCAUUUGCAACGCUACUCCAUCGUGCAAACAACGGCAUCGGGGGGACGUCAUGCAGUAUUGCAGGUCAGUUAUGUUUGUUACCGUAUCAGUUUCUUGCGCAGAUUUAUUGUGGUUUGCGGCUAGCAAAACAUUCGACAUCGUAAGUUGGACCAAGUAUGUCAUUGAUUAUUGUAUUGUUAGGUUCCAUUUCUCUUCACUAAACAGAGCCGAACGUUGUGAGCAUAGGCUGCCUAAUCGGACCCGACCAGUCACGGAGCCGAUGAAGAAUAACUAUUAUGCCAUUCAUGGUUCAUUCCCAGCAUGUUUUCAGAACAUAAAAAGCCAGCCGUCAGACUGCCGUCUUCCCUACCACGCACUACCUCAGAGUUAAUCGAGAACCUGUCUGACAGAUCCCACAUCUCCUCGUACAUCUAAUGCGUUUCUCCUUUCUCGCCAUCGUGACUGCUUUGACAGCAUCUAUGUCUGUCAGUGCGACACCAGCUGUUUUCAGCAGGGAUUCGCAAUGCGCUGAGGUUGGCGGCA